AUGGCUAAUCUUUCAUCAGAAGCUCAAGUUGGCAAAAGGUUGGAAGGUAAGGUCGCUCUGAUCACUGGCGCAGCUCAAGGCAUAGGUGCUUGUAUGGCAAGAGUGUUCGUCAAUCAUGGGGCUAAAGUAGUGUGUGUUGACAUAAAUGAAGAGCUGGGGCGAUCUGUAUGUGACGAUUUGGGCGCCGAAAAUGCAUCUUUUCUCUAUUGUGAUGUAACCAAGGAAUCAGAUAUUGAAAAUGCAAUUAACAGUACCAUUCACGAGCAUGGAAAGCUGGAUAUCAUGAUCAACAACGCUGGCAUAGCAGAUGAAGGAAAAACUAGCAUCCUAGACAACGAUCUUUCCGAUUUUGAACGUGUGAUGCGUGUUAAUCUCUCAGGUGUUUUCCUAGGCAUCAAACAUGCAGCCCGGGUGAUGAUCCCAACGCGAAGUGGGAGCAUCAUUAACCUGGGAAGCAUUUCAGGAAGCAUUGGAGGGAUAACCUCCCAUUCAUAUUCGAGUUCAAAGCAUGCUGUUGUGGGCUUGACAAGAAAUGCUGCUGCAGAGCUUGGGAAGCAUGGAAUCAGAGUCAACUGCUUGUCUUCUCAUGUUGUUUUGACACCACUGUCUCAGAACUUCUUCAAUUUUGGUGAAGAAGGACAAUCAAGAGUUUACACAAACCUUGAAGGGAUGGUCUUGAAGCCUGAAGAUCUAGCCAAUGCUGCUGUUUAUUUGGCUAGUGAGGAGGCAAGGUUCAUGAGUGGACACAAUCUUAUGUUGGAUGGAGGAUUCACCGUCACAAAUCCAGCUUUUGGAUUGUUUUCAAGAUUCUAGUGCCUUCUUGAUGUAGUUCAGGAUUAAUUAUA